UUUGAUUCCCGGCCCUGUGCGCUCGUCGGCACUGGCGGGAUGCUCAGAUCGAAAAACGAAGCGCCGACGGCGUGGUCGCCCCAAAACUUUUUGCGCGCCAGCGCGCUGCCCAAAGUUAGGGACACUCCGUGAAAGCGAAACAAAAAAAACAAAAAAGGCGACGAUCCGAGAAAGCUUCUCUGCCUCUUCCGCCGUAGUUCGGCAUUCUUCGCCUGCUGCACUUCGGCCGGGACCGUUUCUUCGUUCAAGAUAUCGGCAUCCACUCUCACAUGGCUGGUGAAACUGGUGGCUAAACUGUUGGUGCUCCUGUUUUCGCGCACCAACCGCGGUGCAUUGACCUGCUGAAGCUCAAAACUGAAGUUCAAGUUCACUUUCAAGACUCCGGAAUUCCCAUUCCUUGACGAAAAGAAGGCCCCGUGCGGCGAAGUUUUGUUGCCGGCAUGACUUGAACUACAGUGUUUGCCUGGUGGUUCCAUUUUUGCGGCGUUUUAUAAGAUGUUGGUGUCGGUGCCUUAAGGAUUACUCCGUUUCCGCGAGGAAGUCCCUGCGAGGACGUGGAAUUCUGCGAGCGUUAUCUUUGUCGUGAGCGUUCGUCUUUGACCUGCUGAUGCGUGUGUGUGCAGGAUGCAAUGAGGAAACGAUAGGUCCUGGUGGUCGAAACAUGUAGCCACACGUGAACAAGUUUGGUGAACGAUCAAUGGAUGCCUACGGGCUACGAAUUCGCAGUAUUCUCAUCUCCGCAAAAAGUUUUGACCAGAAGACAGCUUCGCCACGAUCCCGGAGUGACGCACGGAUAACAGAAGGCUGAAGUCGUCGGCGCUUGUUGGUGGAACAUGGGCUCAACAGAAACCCCGAGGUAAAGUUUGGCAACCGCAAGACCAUUAUCAUCCGUGACUCACUGCUUUUAAAGAAGCUUCAUCAAUGGACACUACUUGUCGGGAGCAGCUCGCCGGGCUAGAUUCAACGCUGCCUCCAAGCGAGUUGCUGGAAAAUUGCACUGGUUUACCCGGGUUCCUCAAUGACAGCUGCUGUCCAUUAUCAGCGGAGGAACCAGGGGAUGGCUGGAUAUUCGAUCGCCGCGAUGUCAAGGUCGUCCUUGUCAUCGCUUACAGUAUGGUCUUCUGCUGCUGCUUCUUCGGUAACCUGCUGGUCAUUGGUGUCGUGAUCAUGAACCGGCGCAUGCGAACAACGACCAACUUCUUUCUGACCAAUCUGGCGGUGGCCGACCUGUGCGUGGCCAUGUUCUGCGUGUUCCAGAACCUGUUCUUCUACCUCACCCCACAGUGGGUAUUUGGAGACUUCCUGUGCCGAAUGUACUUCUUUGUGCACGGGCUCAGCUACACGGCGUCCAUCCUGAUACUCACCGUAAUCUGCGCGGAGAGGUACCUGGCCAUUGUGCAUCCCAUGUUGAACAAGCAGGUGGUGACGAUGACCCGGCUUCGCGUGACCAUUGUCACGGUGUGGUUCGUGAGUGCUGCCUACUGCAGCCCACGAAUCGUGAUGUACGGCACCGUGGAAGCAGUGGUGGACGACAAGCGCGAAGCCCUCUGUGUGCUCCAGAGGGCGCUUUACGACUCGAAGACGUACGACCUGGUGAACUUCGUCGUCUGCUUCCUCGUGCCUCUGAUCAUCAUUAGCGUCCUGUACGCCAUCAUCUGCUACCAGCUAUGGCACAGUCAAGCCAUUGUGUCGCAACCACAAAACCACAUCGCCGCCCAGACGAACCACCAGCUCGUACUGAACCCCACACUGUGUCACCAAAAGUCACACUCACAGCAAAGGAUAGCGGGAACACCACCACCAUGCCGGCGGUCUUGCUCGGAUGAAGAUUCCGAGUCACCACCUCCGGUUGACUCGAAAUUAGAGUAUGCUCAAACUUUCGUAACGGCCUCCAGCAGCGCCAAGGAGCCUUGUUCAACGACGACAGUUGCGCUGACCGUGCCCUACUCAAAUUCCACACAGAGGAUAGCCGAUGGCCACCAGGUGACCAGAGGGACAUCGGGCUGCAACCGCUGCGGAAGCGUGGAAGCUCCAACGACUCGCAAGGUUCCCGUCAAAACGUUUUAUUACUCCAACAGCGCAGCAGCGUCAGCGCUCAGGCCGCGGCGCAAAGUAAUUCGUCUUCUGGUGGCCGUCGUCUUUAGCUUCGCCCUGUGCAACUUGCCUUUUCACGCACGCAAACUCUGGCAGCACUGGUCGCCGGAAUACAAUGGCUCCAGUCCAGGAGCCGCCAUCUUGACCGUGGUGACGAACCUUGUGCUAUACCUGAACUCGGGAAUCAACCCAUUUCUCUACGCUUUGUUCUCUAAGAAUUUCCGGCAGUGCAUGGGCGACGUAUUGUUCUGCCGGAACCACAGGUUCCGGUCGAAGAGCCGGUCCUCGUUCCAGGCCAUGUCCAAGUCGCUCAACUCGAAUGUGAGCCAGGGGACGCCUCAGGCGGCUCACCUGGUUCAUGGACAUCGGCAAGCCAUGCAGCAGCAGCACUUGUGAUUGCCACAACACCCUCUUAAUGUCAAUGUUCCGAAUAUUACUUGCUCGCUAUGAAUUUUGUUCAAUGUGCUCUAUGAGACUGGCUAAUCGUGCGCCGGUAUAAUUAUUCUUUUGGAAGCUUGCCGGACCCUUCGAACUUUCUUAUGUAAACAUGUAUUAAGUUCCGCAAGUACACUUUUGAAGAUUAGCUUUUUGCGCCGUGCUCGUAAAUGCCAUGUGAAUCCCUACAAGGUGUGCACUGAACACAGAAAUCACGUUGAUGUUGUGUUUUUCGCGAGGCCGAAAAGUUGGCAUAACUUUGUACUAGAAUUAAGAUCGUAGGCCUCCAAGUUUUUCAGUAAUGGUUCAGUAAUGUGAAAAAGAACAGGAGAAAACAGGAAUUUUUCUACCUGCAUGAUGGUCUGACAUUCAUUGACAGGUAAACCAACCUUAUGGACCUGCUUGAAAUUGUGCGUAAAACAGCGUAGUCAAGAUUACCUUUCAGUGAGGUGCAGACGUCUCGCUGGAGUAAUAUGUUUUCCUCUUCGGUUAUAAUCCAGUGGCGCCGCUGGCCACGUCUUUCUCGCGUGCCAUCUUUCACUGUUUCUAGAUCUGUGGUCACUUAGUGGUGUCAGCAUAAAGUGUUCUCAAGGACCAAGAAAGGUCCAAUUCCUACUUCGAUGUAGAUCUAUAGCUUCAAAAAAUCUUUCUCUGACUCGUGUAACAUGUAAUUUUCUUUUGUGGAAAAUAAGCGUUUCUCGGGGAUUUUUCCAGAUCUUGACAAUGUAUACCGAUAUUUCACAUUAAGAAAUUAAGAAGACACCCCUGUCAGAGCUCCUCAUUGGACGCUCUGACCUGGAAAUGGCACCGGAACUUCUUUAGCAGGGCAAUAAAGUUUAAUUGAAUAUAAGUGCGUUGUCCGUCGCUACCGAACGGCGCUACCUUAUGAUAAUGAACGCUAGUCGCUCGUGAUGUGCAGCCUAGCUUUGAUUUCAGCGGUCUGUACUAAUUUUUCAGUGAUCGAUUCGACAUUUAGAGAUCGUAUUAUGUAAAGGUAUUGAAGCAGUGGUCUCCUCUCUUCACUGGCAUUUAAAUUUUGAAAAACUGCUCCUGCAUAUACGCAGCCCGGAUGCUCAAUGGUGGCCUAGUCAACGCUUCCCACCACAUUCGCAACUGAGAUCAACGUCACCUCUUGCGCUAGCCACUUCACAUUUCCUACAUCCUUCAUAUGGUGACUGUGGUGCUUGAAAGCUUUGAAUGAUCGGAAGUAAACAUCAUCGAAUUGACUUGUUCAUCGAUUGUGGCCUUAUGUCAAGACCAAGUGAAUGAAGAAUUUUGACAGCAAAUUGGGGCGAGAAUACACAGAUCCUCUGUACUCUGCCUAUGUAAAGGAGAACUGUAGAUGGCGCAUACUUACCACAUUUAUUUACUGUCCACUAAGGUUAUCGCUGCAUUGUUUAUUACAGUUUGACAGAUUUGUAAGUACCUACCAUACUGCUUUUGUAUUGGCUUAUGUAGCCAAUAACUUCCAGCAUUCGCGAAUUCCACAUUGAUUUCGCGCAAUGUUAGCUCAGUGCUUUCCACGCGGUGAUAUAAGCGAAUAUAGCGUAUUGAUUUUUGCGAACAUUGCAGCACUGAUGUUUUAUGACGACUUUCUUUCUGAUGGCACGAUGAUCUUCAAAGCAAACGGCUAAUGAUAUGGAUGUAUACGGCACCACUUGCAGGUCAAAUUUCAAACCGCGAAAACGUGCAACGCUUUCAAAAAGUUGAAAAGUUGACACAAACGACGACGGCAACAGUUCCAGUUUCAGUAGGGUAAGACAUUGUGCUACUACUAAGGUGGUCAGCUAAGAGAUUCAUGUUUCACUUUAUGACAUUCAGUAGUUCGGUUCCUGCAGUAUUUUUACAAGGCCCCCAGGGUUCACACUGGUCUGUACAUAUAGCGCACAGAAUGCGCGAUAUCUAUAUCUACAGAAAUAUGUGGUUUUUACUGAUGUACCAUGGUCUUUGCUGCUUGCCAAUGGCUAAUAGCAACACAGACUUUUCAAGGGCCUCACAAUAUGUCCACGUGCGUCGUGCCGUACAUGAUGCUAUAUCUCUGCGAGGUUAUUAAACGAUGGCCUGUCUUCACAUAACG